AUGUCGUAUCCUCUCAAAUACAUCCCAUCACAUCUCCGACGACGCCAGCUUCCAAACACUCUUGAUGAUACCUCUCGUCAGCUACAAUCAGCAUCGGAUCCAGCAUGCCCUCCUUCUGGCAAAUUCACUCAUACCGACCUCUUGAGGAUAUUCGACACCCCUCAUUUAUGCUCACUAGCAUUCUUCACUCUGCCUUCGUCUGACUCGACCUCUUAUGAGACUUACAACAAGAAGAAGGACCGACCGAGUUUCCAAUUCAACCAUGAUAAUGGAAAAUUGAUGAAGAUUGUCGGAUACCCACCCGACAAACACCCCUUGAACCACUUGAUCAAUUUUAUCGUAGUAUUUGAAGGUGCUCAUCCGGAUUGGUUGGAGAAGAAUGAACUGUGGUUACAUACCCAUUCGAAAGAGCUGAUUGAGGAUUAUGGGAAAGAUUAG